UGUGAAGUGCCCGCGCAAGGUGCGCUAUCCCCCGCCGAGAUCCUGUGCUGCGGGGCUUCAGGAAUCCUGGACAACUCAACGAGAAGCCUUCGCCCCUCCUGCCUGGACACCCAUUUUCUUCUGCUUCUUCUUCUUCUUCUUGCCGUGGCUGCCGUACGCCUUGACCACCAAACAUUCAACGGAGCUGCUUUGGAGGCUGUAAGGGCACCGUGCGCGUGUGUGUGUGUGUGUUCGUCUGUGUGCGCUCAAGAGACAGCCGCCGUAAUCUGGCUUCGGCGUGAUUGGGCGGAAAAUUUCCUUCCCAAGGCAGGAAAUGGGCCGUUGACACUGGGCUGCAAAGACGAUUAGAGCAGAGAAAGACUAAUACUCCGUGUGUGUGUGUGUGUGUGUGGGGGUAUUUUUCGGUCAGUAAAUUCGCUGAUAACACGGCUAGGCAGGAAGGGCGAAGCGCAGUGCGGGAGCAAUUCAGGGCCGUUCAGGGCGAAACAGUUCGGGCCCGGGAAGGGAGGUAGGUGGGGGGGGGGGGGAUCCAUAUAGUCCCGCCGUUCCCCGGGCGCGAUGCUCAGUUACCAAAGUAACGCCCGCGGCUAGUGUCCGGCUGCUUUCCUUUCCAACGACGACGACGUCGAACGUUCUUUCCGUGUUUUGUGUGAUUUCUUUCAACGUGUGCGUGUGGUGUGUGUGUGUGUGAAGCAUUUUUAGGCAGCAACUAGUGUUAGCUAAGCAACAGUGCAGUGUUUGGCACGAUAGCGGACAACGGACGCGGCACUUAAUCGGAUCGGCAGCGCAACAAUAAAUGCAUAACGCCCACCUGCUGCCGUUCAAUCGAUGCGAUCUUGCCAACAAGACGCCCCUGACCUGGCUGGAAGUGUUGGAUAAGGGCUAAAGCGCUUCCCUUCGCCCCGCCGAGCGGGACAGCAAACGAUGGCACCGAAGUUCCGUGACGUCGAUCAAACGACACCCCUCCUGCAUGACUGUAACAACAACAACAACAACAACAACAACAACACCAUCAACAACGAACGGCUCAGCAAUGGCACCGUCGUCAGCGGCAGCACCAACAGCAGCGCCACCACCAUUGUCCACCUAACGGCCGGCGGCGACCGGAAGGCGGGGAAAGCUGGCGGCGCGCUGCUGGCCGAUCCGGUCGCGGGCCGCACGCUCGACCAUCCGACCACCAACCUGGACACGCUGAUGCACAUGCUGAACGGGAACCUCGGCACGGGCAUACUGGCCAUGCCGGACGCGUUCAAGAAUGCCGGCCUGUACGUCGGCUUCUUCGGCACGCUCGCGAUGGGCGUCAUCUGCACGCACUGCAUGCACCUGCUGGUGCGCUGCUCGCACGAGCUGUGCCGCCGGUACGGCCGGCCGUCGCUGUCCUACGCGGAGGUCGGCUACUGUGCGCUCGAUUCGGGCCCGCGGUGGGCCCAGCCGCUGGCCGCCAGCUUCCGGCGGCUGAUCAACAGCUUCCUGCUCGUGAUGCAGCUCGGCCUCUGCUGCGUGUACUACCUGUUCGUGGCGGUCAAUGUGCGCGAGCUGCUCGACUACCUCGGCUGCCCGGUGCCGGUGCUGACCGUGCUCGCCUACCUGCUGGUACCGCUCGCCGCCAUGAACAUGGUGCGCAGCCUGAAGCUGCUCACCCCGACCUCGCUGGUCGCGUCCGUGCUCGCGAUCGCGGGCCUCGCCAUCGCCUUCCUCUUUCUGCUGCAGGACCUGCCGCACAGCGGGAGCGUGCGGCCGGUCUCGUCCUGGUCCACGCUGCCGCUGUACUUCGGCACGGUCAUGUACGCGUUCGAGGGCAUCGGCGUGGUGCUGCCGCUCGAGAACAACAUGGCCAACCCGCGCGACUUUAUCGCGUGGAACGGUGUGCUGAACACGGGCAUGACGGUCGUGGUCUGCCUGUACUCGGCGGUCGGCUUCUACGGCUACCUCAAGUAUGGCGAGCAGGCGCAGGGCAGCGUCACCCUCAACCUGCCCAACGAUGCGCUGCUCGCCCAAAUCGUCCGGCUGCUGAUGGCGGUGGCCGUGCUCGCCUCGUACGCCCUCCAGUUCUACGUGCCGAUGACGAUACUGGUGCCGGCCGUCACGCGCCACUUCCGGCACCGGGCACUGGCCGAGUACGGGCUGCGGCUCGCGACCGUCCUGCUCACGUUCGUGCUGGCCGCGAUCAUCCCGAACCUCGGCACCUUCAUCUCGCUCGUCGGUGCCGUCUCGACCUCGACGCUGGCGCUCGUCUUUCCGCCGCUGAUCGAUCUGCUGACGCUGUGGCCGGCCCGCACCGAACGCUGGCGCUGGACCGUGCUGAAGGAUGCGCUGAUCAUCGCGUUCGGUGCCUGCGGGUUUUUCUUCGGCACCGCCAAAAGCCUGGCCACCAUCUUUGCCGGCGGCCCGCCAGACGGUGGCAUACACUAAAUGGUGGCGUACGCAAACUACUACCCACUGCUGCUGCCAAAACUCACCAUCGUCUCGAAGCGCUACCUCACAAGACGAACAGAUCGAUAGACUUAAGGCCUUUGUUUUGUUGUUGUUGUUUUUUUAGUACUAACACAAAUGUCCCACAAAUGGGUGUGAAUAUUUAUCGUCGCAAGCAAGGAAUGAGGAGAAAGACCCUCCCGGGACCUGACUGUAAAUCGUACCGCUAGCAGCGUUAUGCUAUUGUGUCGUCGCGCUGGAGACCACCACCCGGCCAGUCCGCCAGGUUAGUAGGCCAUUUGGGGAGUAAUUCCUUUCUAUAUACAACAAUAAAAAAAAAAGUCGCAGAAAGGUGGACUGUCCGCGUGGAAACCGAACUAGAAGCGAGGAAAAGGUGUUGUGCGUGCGGACGACAAAAAUUGUGAAGCGGCGCGUUUUGAAAAUAAAUAUAUUUAUAUUUGUAUAUUUACACA